UUCUUCCAGGAUGACAGCGGACGCCGGUGGGUGGCGCCUCCCCGGCCGCGCCCGCGUUGGUGUCGCCGCGACCCCGCCCUCCAAGGCCGGUGCUUCCCUCGCCUCCUCGCCUCCGCUGGGCGCCAGAGCUGGCCCUGCAGCCCGCCUGCCUACCUGCUGCGGCUCUUUCUCGCCGGGGUCCCAGCCUGCACGGGCCGGGGCCGCGGUCACUGCCGCAGGACGGGGAGGCGGGCCAUGGCGGCCUGCGUGGGGAGUCGGACCCUGAGCAAGGAUGAUGUGAACUACAAGAUGCAUUUCAGGAUGAUCAACGAGCAGCAAGUGGAGGACAUCACCAUCGACUUCUUCUACCGGCCGCACACCAUCACCCUGCUCAGCUUCACCAUCGUCAGCCUCAUGUACUUCGCCUUCACCAGGGAUGACUCUGUCCCAGAAGACAACAUCUGGAGGGGUAUCCUCUCUGUCGUUUUCUUCUUUCUUAUCAUCAGUGUAUUAGCUUUCCCCAACGGCCCAUUUACUCGGCCUCAUCCAGCUUUAUGGCGAAUGGUUUUUGGACUCAGUGUGCUCUACUUCCUCUUCCUGGUAUUCCUCCUCUUCCUGAACUUCGAGCAAGUCAAAUCCCUCAUGUACUGGCUAGAUCCCAAUCUUCGCUAUGCCACCAGGGAGGCAGAUAUCAUGGAGUACGCAGUGAAUUGCCAUGUUAUCACCUGGGAGAGGAUUAUCAGCCAUUUUGACAUAUUUGCAUUUGGGCAUUUCUGGGGCUGGGCUAUGAAGGCCUUAUUGAUCCGUAGUUAUGGUCUUUGCUGGACAAUCAGUAUUACCUGGGAACUCACUGAGCUCUUCUUCAUGCAUCUCCUGCCCAAUUUUGCCGAGUGCUGGUGGGACCAAGUCAUCCUGGACAUCCUUCUGUGCAAUGGUGGUGGCAUAUGGCUGGGCAUGGUCGUCUGCCGCUUCUUAGAAAUGAGGACUUAUCACUGGGCCAGUUUCAAGGACAUCCACACCACCACUGGCAAAAUCAAGAGAGCAGUGCUGCAGUUUACUCCUGCUAGCUGGACUUACGUUCGAUGGUUUGACCCCAAAUCUUCAUUUCAGAGAGUGGCUGGGAUAUACCUUUUCAUGAUCAUCUGGCAGCUGACUGAGUUGAAUACCUUCUUUUUGAAACAUAUCUUCGUGUUCCAAGCCAGUCAUCCAUUAAGCUGGUGUAGGAUUCUCUUUAUUGGUGGUAUCACAGCUCCCACAGUGAGACAGUACUAUGCUUACCUCACUGACACACAGUGCAAACGCGUGGGAACCCAGUGCUGGGUGUUUGGGGUCAUUGGUUUCCUAGAAGCUAUUGUUUGCAUCAAGUUUGGACAAGAUCUCUUCUCUAAGACACAAAUACUCUAUGUUGUGCUUUGGCUUCUUUGCGUGGCUUUCACCACCUUCCUGUGUCUGUACGGCAUGGUGUGGUAUGCGGAACACUACGGUCAGCGAGAGAAGACUUAUUCAGAGUGUGAAGAUGGCUCCUACAGUCCAGACAUCUCCUGGCCUCACAGGAAAGGUACAAAAGGUUCUGAAGACAGCCCCCCCAAGCACCCGGGCAACAGCGAGAGCCAUUCUUCCAGACGAAGGAACCGACAUUCCAAGUCCAAAGUCACAAAUGGGGUUGGGAAGAAAUGAAAGGCCCAAGCUAACCCGAGAAGUUCCAGAGAGUGCCUAGAA